GCUAUGAUCCGAAUCCACAUCUUGGAGGGAAAGGCUUUUGUGUGGAAUUCCGCUGACGCGCGGCGUAUCCGAGAGGAACAUCGCAUCAUUGGCACGCUGGUCGGGGCCUUGGCUCGAAAGCCGCGACAGAACGUGCGGCUGGGGCUUCCCCUCCAGCUGCUCCCAGAAGAGGCCCGGCUGUUGGCAGAGAAGGGUGUGGCAACCUUCCUUAAAAAUCUGACUUCCCAGCCCCUCGCAGAUGAUGCAGGCCAGGCGGUGGAUGCCUACCAAAAGGAGCAAGAGGAGAGCUAUCGGGAACAGCUCAGGCUUGCUGGCGAACAGAGGAAGGCCCUGAUGGGCACCCUGGCUGAACGCAUAGCACAGGGUCAAGCGAAGAAACACCAGCGGAAAGGGGAAGAAGCAGAGCCUCUGUCGAAGUCCGUAGACCAGGAGCCGAGUUUAGUGUUUCCCCGCGAAGCUAUGAUGGUCCAGCUCCCAACGGAGCGGACCCAACGGCUUAAAGAAGAGGUAGACUGGCGUUUGCCCUCUGAAGAUUGGCCGUAUGGUGGACAAGCAGAACACGAGAUGCGUUACCGUGUUUUCCAGGACCUUUGGGAACAAGGCUACUACAUCACCAGUGGGAGCAAAUUUGGGGGCGACUUCCUAGUUUAUCCAGGUGACCCAAUGAGGUUCCACGCCCAUUACAUCGCCCUCUGUGUGCCUCGGGAUGCACCUCUCUCCUUGUGUGACAUCAUCAGCGUAGGACGGCUUGGCACAAAUGUCAAAAAGACUGUUCUUCUCUGCUCGGUGGAUGAGGAGGGGACUGUAGCAUACACAUCCUUGCAAUGGAGUGGGAUGCAGUGA